CCUUCAGUUUUGGUUAUAACGCACGGGUCGGGUGUAUUGUCGUUGAGAAUUGCGAGGUUAAUUUUUCGAGGAAAUAACGAAUCGUUUCACCUCAUAGCAAACAUGAAUCGGAGCAUUAUCCUUGUUUUAUUGAUCCUUUGCCAAAUUCCCGACUUUUUUGCCAAACAAAAGAAUCAAAAGACUGUAAUCGAUGACAUCGCCGAUCUCAAGGAUUUUAAAAAGUUGCUGCGAACCAAAAACAAUGUUUUGGUUUGCUUUGUCACGUCUCAAAAACAGUCUUCAGAAGUAUUGAAAGUAUUUGAGGAGGCGGCUGAUGUUAUCAAAGGUUCUGGAACAAUGGUUCUCGUAGAUUGCGCUGGGAGUGGAAAAAAGAUGUGCAAGAAGUUGAAAGUAUCCCCUGAGCCAUAUAUAUUCAAACAUUAUCUAGAUGGAGAUUGGAACAAAGACUAUAACAGAAGAGAAACUGUCACUUCUAUGGUAAAUUUCAUGAGAGAUCCAUCCGGAGAUCUUCCAUGGGAUGAAGAUUCGACUGCACUUGAUAUUCUCCACGUUCCAGACAACAAUGCACUAACGAAAUUGUUGAAGAAAGAGUCACAGCCAAUUUUAGUAAUGUUCUACGCACCAUGGUGUAGCUAUUGCAAAUCACUUAAACCGGAAUACGCUGCAGCAGCGACUGAGUUGAAGGGCCAUGCAAUUAUGUCUGCUAUAGACGUUAACCGACCAGAGAAUUCUGGUGUGCGCAAAAAGUACAAUAUAACAGGUUUUCCAACAAUGCUGUACUUCCACAACGGCGUUCAGAAAUAUACCUAUGACGGAGACAACAAGAAGGAUAGCUUGGUGAACUUUAUGAGAAACCCAGGUGCCGCACCUGUCAAGCCCAAGGAAGAAGAAUGGUCCGAUACUGACAGCGACGUUGUGCAUUUAACGAGCCUCAACUUUCAUCUAGUCAUUAAAGAAGCAGCAUCGGUUCUUGUCAUGUUUUACGCUCCAUGGUGCGGAUAUUGUAAAAAAAUGAAACCAGAAUAUGAAGCUGCUGCAGCGAAGCUCAAGCAGUUGAACGUCAAGGGAAUGCUGGCGGCUUUGGAUGCGACAAAGGAAAGCAGCCUGGCAAAGUUAUACAAUGUUAAAGGAUACCCCACACUCAAGUACUUUGUGUAUGGGGAACACAAAUAUGAUGUCACACUGAGGGAUACAAAUGCCUUGGUAGAAUUCAUGAAGGAUCCUAAAGAACCUCCUCCUCCCCCUCCUCCUGAAGCUCCAUGGUCACAGCAGGAAUCUGCGGUUGUUCACCUGACUGAUAGCGAUUACAAACAGUUUUUAAAAAAGAAAAAACACGUCCUGGUCAUGUUUUACGCUCCCUGGUGUGGCCAUUGCAAGAAAGUCAAACCAGAGUUCACAGCGGCUGCCGAAAAAUUCAAAGGCGUAUCCAAAGUCGAGUUAGCCGCCGUCGACUGUACCGUGAACACGGUCACAUGUAAUACUUACGAAAUUCAGGGAUAUCCGUCACUCAAGUAUUUCAAUUACUUUGACAAAGCCGUAAAGAAUUAUGUCGGAGACAGAACAGCGGAAGAUUUCGCAAAUUACAUUAUAUCCCAAGACGAAUCUUUAGCAUCCCAGCAAAAGGCCGAGUGGGAUAUUCAUCAAGGGGCUGAGCACAUCGUCCAUUUAAGUGACAUUAAUUUCGACGAAGAAUUGGACAGUGGUCAACCGUUGUUCGUCAUGUUUUAUGAACCAAAGUGCGAAUCUUGUAAGUCAGCACAAUCCAAGCUGGCUCAACUAGCAGCCGAAUUGAACGCAACAGGAUCCGAUGUACGGAUUGGAGCUUCGGAUUCUACGCAUAGUCCCGUUGUGGAAUUGGCGUACAAAGUAAAAAAAUAUCCGACAUUCAAGUUUUUCAAUAAAGGCAAAUACGAGAGUGAUUAUGGUGGAAAAAUAAGUGUACAAGACUUCUUAGAUUAUAUUAUCAAAGUCUCAAGAAAGAAAGUUCAAACUGAGCUUUAAUGCUGCAUUCUUUUAUAAUAGAUAUCUUUUUUUUUUUACUCGCCGUUUAUGUUAACUCAAGAAUUCCUUUUUUAUAUUGCAAUAUAUUUGAUUUUAUAUGUGAUUUUCAUAUAUUUUUGAUUAUUUAUUCUCAGUACCUCAAUUAACUGAUGAGCAUAUGAAUACGUCGUUAUUAGUUAUUUUUAAUUGAUUUAUCACUUCUACCACUUUUUCACCCACGUAUCGAUGUAUGAUACUGUACAAACAUUGCGCUGUAGUAACGUAAGCUAUAAUAAUUGUCGAAUCAAAGUGCUGCUGAGAAACAUUGCAGAUAUUUUUAUAAAAUGAUUUAAUCACAAUUUUUUUAAAUCUCGCGCAACAUUCUUACCGGAUUGUCAGAUCCGUCGAGAAUGCACGUACGGUGUAAAAUAACAUCUUCAACUGUCGACAAAAACCCCAGUGUUGAACAAUAUCACAACACCUAAGUUAACAGCUAGCAAAAGUUUUUGAUCUUAUUAACACAACUCAGUAUUAAUAAAAGUAAUUCAUGACAUCGUA